UGGCAUCUUGGGAGGGACAGCUUCAAGCAUUUAUGCACCGCUUGCUACAUUCAUUUAACAUAUUCACUUUAUGUUUCAUAGUUUCAAAAAGUAUUUGUAAUAAACUGAGUCCGUCAACAUGCCAAGAAUUGAUAAUGACAUCAAGUUGGAUUUCAAGGACGUCUUGUUAAGACCAAAGAGAAGCACCUUGAAAAGUAGAAGUCAAGUCAAUCUUAACCGGCACAUUGUCUUCAGAAAUUCAAAACAAACCUAUGAGGGAGUUCCAGUCAUAGCUGCUAACAUGGAUACCACUGGCACUUUUGAAAUGGCAAAAACAUUUGCUUCACAUGGUAUGUUUGUGGCAGUACAUAAGCACUAUGGAACAGAAGAUUGGGCUAAUUUUGCAAAGGAAAAUCCUUCAUGUUUGGACAAUGUUGCGAUAAGCUCUGGUACAAGUGAUGCGGAUUUUGAAAGAAUCAGUGCUACAAUAAAGUUGGUUCCAGAAAUAAAAUAUAUAUGUUUGGAUGUUGCCAAUGGAUACUCUGAAUAUUUUGUUGAAUAUGUCAAAAAAGUUAGACAUGCUUUUCCUCAGCACACAAUAUUCGCUGGGAAUGUUGUAACUGGUGAGAUGGUUGAAGAGUUGAUACUGGCUGGUGCAGAUGUCAUAAAGGUUGGCAUUGGUCCAGGAUCUGUAUGUACAACAAGAAAGAAAACUGGAGUCGGAUAUCCCCAAGUCAGUGCAGUAAUUGAAUGUGCUGAUGCCGCUCAUGGCCUUGGAGGUCACAUCAUUUCCGACGGUGGUUGCUCUUGUCCUGGAGAUGUUGCCAAAGCAUUUGGUGCAGGGGCAGACUUUGUGAUGAUUGGUGGUCUUUUUGCUGGGCAUGACCAAUCAGGUGGAGAAACUAUAGAAAGGGAAGGUAAAAAAUACAAAUUGUUUUAUGGAAUGAGUUCCACUACUGCCAUGCAAAAGCAUGUUGGUGGUGUUGCGGAAUAUAGGGCUUCGGAAGGUAAGACUGUAGAAGUCCCAUAUAGGGGUGAUGUAAAUGACACUGUGAGAGACAUUCUAGGUGGAAUUCGUUCUACAUGUACUUAUGUUGGAGCUUCAAAGUUGAAAGAACUUGGUAGACGUACUACGUUUAUAAGAGUCACACAACAGAUAAAUAACAUGUAUGGUAGUUGAAAAGUUAAUUAAAAGUUAAUUAUUUGCAAUACUGUGUACCAAAAAUAUCUUCAAGAAUAAUCAAUAGUCCGGUCUUGAUUCACAAAAUUUUCAUCGCUUUUCGUUGUGCUAUUUUUGCCCUUAGUCUAGUUUUAAUAUUGUAGCUUGUUAUUGCAUAUAAUUCUACUACU